GUGCGUCCAACCCUAAGUGACAUUGCAAACAAUCUGCCUCUGUACUUAUCACGAGGCUUUAAGCGUGCCUCCCACCGCAUUCAAUGCUUCACCCAUUUUUGUAUUUUUUUUUUAUCUUGCAACUGUACACAUACAACACACAGUAACUGACCUAUCAGUUCGCGAACGGCGAUAAGAUAAUGUGUGUAAAGCAUGACACGAAAAACAGCACCGCAUUCGUAUUAAAUUUCAGCUGUGCCAGUACCGUGUCGUCAGUGGUUGAGAAUGGAUUUUACCGGUAAGGUGGUGCUCAUCACCGGAGCCAGCUCUGGAAUUGGAGCUUCAACGGCAAAAUAUCUCACGAACCUGGGCGCUACCUGUGUGCUGGCUGCGCGCAAUGAAGCGAAGCUUGCCGAAGUUCGUAAGGAGUGUGUCUCAGUGGGAAGGGUGGAGCCACUUACCGUCGUGACGGACGUUACGAAGCGCGAAGACCUCGAACGGCUGGUACGGGUGAUCAUUGCCAAGUACGGACGGUUGGAUGUGUUGGUGAACAAUGCUGGUAAGGGAGCGGCCGGCAGCAUCGAGCAAGCCGAUCUGGAACAGUUCGAUGACAUACUGGAUACGAAUCUGCGGUCGGUGUUUGCCCUCACCAAGCUGGCUCUGCCGCAUCUGCUUGCCGUGAAGGGUAACAUCGUGAACGUGUCGAGUGUGGCCGGUACCAAUUCGUUCCACAAUGCACUGUCGUACUGUGUGUCCAAGUCGGCGCUCGAUCAGUUUACACGCUGUACUGCGCUUGAUCUGGCAGAGAAGGGCGUGCGCGUAAACUCCGUCAAUCCGGCGGUCAUUGUGACGAACUUCCACAAGGCGAUCGGUAUGGAAGAUGAAGCUUAUGCCGCUUACCUGAAGCACUGCGAGACAACACAUCCGUUGGGACGCGUUGGAACUGGCGAUGAGGUGGCAGCAUCGAUCGCUUUCUUGGCCUGUGAUGCGACGGCUAGCUUCAUCACGGGCACCUUGCUGCGAGUGGACGGUGGAAAACAUAUUCUUACUCCACGUUAAGAUAAUAUCAAGUUUGGGGGAAAAUUCAACGAAUAAAACAAUUGAAUGAAUAAAGUAAUGCUUCGGCUCCUUCUUUAUGUGCUAAUAA